GGCGGGUGUAGGUAUAAAAACUUAUUUCAGCCCUUUUCUCGUCCUCUUUUAACUCCGUACGAUAGAAAGUGAUUUAGUGGUCUCUUGGUGGUAGUUGUAUCCUCAACCAAUUCAAGGUCAUCAUGCAGAACGGUGGAAAGCUCCAGUACAAAGUCGCUGACAUCAGCCUGGCUGAUUGGGGUCGUAAAGAGAUCAUCAUGGCUGAGAAUGAAAUGCCUGGUUUGAUGGAGAUGCGAAAGAAAUAUGGUCCCACAAAGCCUCUCACAGGAGCUAAAAUUGCAGGCUGUCUGCACAUGACAAUCCAAACUGCUGUUCUUAUUGAAACUUUGACUGAAUUGGGAGCUGAGGUUCAGUGGUCUUCUUGUAAUAUCUUCUCCACCCAAGACCAUGCUGCAGCAGCUAUCGCUAAGACAGGUGUUCCAGUGUAUGCCUGGAAGGGAGAGACUGAUGAGGAGUAUGUCUGGUGUAUUGAGCAGACCCUUGUCUUCCCUGAUGGAGAGCCACUGAACAUGAUCCUUGAUGAUGGUGGUGACCUCACCAACCUUGUUCACGACAAAUAUCCCCAGUUUUUGCCAAAAAUAAAGGGACUUUCAGAAGAGACCACGACUGGUGUACAUAACUUGUACAAAAUGCUUGAGCAAGGCAAACUGAAGGUGCCAGCCAUUAAUGUCAAUGACUCUGUUACCAAGAGCAAAUUUGACAACCUGUAUGGAAUCCGUGAAUCUCUUGUUGACGGUCUGAAGAGAGCAACAGACAUCAUGCUUGCUGGAAAAGUCUGUGUUGUAGCUGGAUAUGGAGAUGUUGGCAAAGGAUCAGUACAGUCUCUCCGUGGUUUUGGCGCUCGUGUUCUGGUCACUGAAAUUGAUCCCAUCAAUGCCCUUCAAGCUGCCAUGGAAGGAUACGAAGUUGUUACCAUGGAAGAAGCUGCCUCACAGGGACAGAUCUUUGUCACAUCAACAGGAUGUAGUGGAAUCGUCACUUCAGAACACUUCUUGAAGAUGAAGGAUGAUGCCAUCAUCUGCAAUGUUGGCCAUUUUGAUUGUGAAAUUGAUGUUGCAUGGCUCAAUGAAAACUGUAAAAAGGACAACAUCAAACCUCAGGUUGACCGUUACGCCCUCCCCAAUGGUCGUCACAUCAUCCUGCUUGCUGAGGGCCGUCUAGUAAAUCUUGGCUGUGCCAUGGGACAUCCAUCAUUUGUCAUGAGCAACUCUUUCACAAACCAGGUCAUGGCUCAGAUUGAACUUUGGGAGAAGACAAGUGAAUACAAAAUUGGUGUUUACAUGCUGCCCAAGAAGCUCGAUGAAGAAGUUGCCAGGUUGCAUUUGGACCAUCUCGGAGUUAAGAUGACCAAGCUUAGUGACAAACAAGCCAAUUACUUGGGAAUACCCUCUGAUGGACCUUACAAACCCUCUCACUACCGCUACUAAAUACCCCUUUUUGGGAUUGGACAAGACAGUGGACUUUUAACAACAAAUUAAUUUCCUUACAUGUGUUUGUGGAGAUGUUUAUUCCUCUAUGUCGUAAACUUUGGUGUCAGUGGCGCUAUUUAUUAUAAUUGUGUUGCUUAAAUAAACAAAUAAGCCUACUGAUUGGGAA